AUGGCAGCCAUCGAAAAAAACACACCCCAUUUGAUGGAAAAACUUGCGCCAACCAACCUCUACCCGCCGGCUCCGUGGGAAUUUGCCAAAAUCAACCUCGGUCGCCUAAAGAUUGACAAAAAAACCGCCACAAGCGCCCAACACCUAGCGCGUAACCAGUUCUUGGAAAACCUCGACAACCUACAACCAGGAGAGCUCGUAGCCUACACUGACGGCUCCGUAGACCCCAAAUCUGGAAACGCCUCUUCCGCAAUUUACGUACCCGGAAUCAAAUUACAAAAAGGCUGGAAGCUAAAAAAGUACUCCUCCAUCCUGUCCGCAGAACUAAAUGCCAUCAACAAAGCCCUCGACAUCUGCUACGAUGCAACGGAAAGCGGAGUAACAAUAUAUACGGACUCCUUAUCGGCCAUCCUCACAAUUGCAAAUGCCAACAAAAAUUGGCGUACCCAUAGUGUCCUCCUCAGCAUCAACAGGUCUGCCAGCAACCUAGCAGCAGCAGGGAUUGAAACAACGAUCUUCUGGAUCCCAAGUCACACAGCCAUCGAGGGCAACGAAAUAGCAGACGGGGUAGCCAAAGAAACUCUGACCAACCCUCGAGCGGAAACCAUCCAAAACAAACUCACCAUAAAUGAAAUCUAUGCCAUCAUGAAAAAAGGAUGGAACAGCGAACUUAUGUGCGACAUGAAAUUGCUCAAGAGGUGGAACCCAAUCUGGCCUAAACUGGGGAUGAAAAGUUGGGAAAUAGGAAGAAACACGGAAGAAACCCUAAUCCUCCACAGACUUCGCACUGGCAAAACCAAACUAAACUACAAUCUCAGCAAAUAUGAUCCACUAAUAGACCCCCUAUGCCCGAACGGAUGUCCGGAAAUCGAAACAGUGGGACAUGUCAUCCUACAUUGCCCGACUUACUGUAAAGAGCGCACCGACCUAAUCCUUUUCUGUCAAAGGGAAAACAUCAACCUAACAAUAUCAAACAUCCUUGGCCUCACUGAAGAAGUAGAAACAAAACAUAAAGCCGCCCUCAGAAACAUCAUCCUCAACCAAAUCAAAAAGAGCGAUCUCACAAAUCGCAUCUAA